CUCUCGCAGAGAGCAGGCCUGACUGGCACAGACCGGAGACAGACGCUCAGCGCUGCCUUCCGACCUCAUCCUGUGUCGCGGGGAUCUAUAGGCGCAGAUCCUGCAGCCGUCGCUGGAUCACCGGGCCCCUUCAGCUCAGUGAAGGACUUCUGGAGGUCCCUGGACCCGCAUUGGAAAACAGAAACCAGCAAGAGACUUGGUGAAGUCAGACCCUGAGGGCUGGUCCUUGCCUCUGUCUUGCACUCCCUCCUGUCCGUUGGCGUUGGCAGUUUCGUCAUGGCGUCCUCCUUGAUCAGCCGUCAGCUUGCUCUCUCCCUACAGAAGAACUUGUGGCUCGGUGCUCCAGGUUGCAGAUACGUCAGCAAAGCAGCACCGAAGACCCAGGUAGAGUUUGACUACGAUGGACCCUCCAUGAAAACUUCAGUUCCUGGGCCACGAUCACAAGAGCUGACAAAACAACUGGGAGAAAUCCAGAAUGUUGGUGCGAUCAACUUCUUCUGUAACUAUGAGGAGAGCAGGGGGAACUACCUGGUGGAUGUGGACGGCAACCGCAUGCUGGAUCUCUACACUCAGAUCUCCUCCAUCCCAAUCGGCUACAACCACCCUGCUCUCCUCAAGCUGAUGACCAACCCCAACAAUCUGAGCACAUUUGUGAACCGACCUGCGCUGGGAAUCCUGCCGCCGGAGAACUUUCCAGACAAACUCACUGAAAGUCUUCUCUCAGUGGCUCCCAGUGGAAUGAGUCGGGUUCAGACCAUGGCCUGUGGCUCCUGCUCCAAUGAGAAUGCCUUCAAAGCCAUGUUUAUCUGGUACAGGAACAAGGAGCGAGGCCACAACAUUCCAUCUGAUGAAGACCUCAGCACCUGCAUGAUAAACCAGGCCCCGGGUUGUCCAGACCUCAGUGUUUUAUCUUUUAUGGGAGGUUUCCAUGGAAGAACCAUGGGUUGCUUGGCAACAACACACUCAAAAGCAAUCCACAAGUUGGAUGUGCCAUCAUUUGAUUGGCCCAUCGCCCCAUUCCCCAGACUGCAGUACCCUCUGGAGGAGUUUACCAGAGAGAAUGCACAGGAAGAGGCUCGCUGUCUGGAGGAGGUGGAGGAUCUGAUUGUGAAGUGGAGGCAGAAGGGGAAGCCUGUGGCAGGGAUUGUAAUUGAACCCAUCCAGGCUGAAGGUGGAGAUAACCACGCCUCUCCAAACUUCUUCAGAAGCCUCCGCAACAUCGCACGCAAGCAUGGCUGUGCUUUCCACGUGGAUGAAGUCCAGACUGGUGGGGGGACCACAGGAAAGUUUUGGGCCCAUGAGCACUGGGGCAUGGAUGAUCCUGCAGACGUUGUCUCCUUCAGCAAGAAGCUUCUGACUGGUGGCUACUACCACAAGGAUGAAUUACAGGCUGAUAAGGCAUACCGUAUCUUUAACACAUGGAUGGGUGACCCGUCCAAGAACCUGUUCCUAGCUGAGGUUAUCAAUGUGAUUCGCAGAGAAAGUCUCCUGGAGGAGGUGACCCGUUCUGGGAAAACCUUGCUAAAUGGUCUUUAUGAGCUACAGGCUCAAUACCCCGGCAUACUGAGCCGCGCUCGAGGGCAGGGGACCUUCUGUGCCGUUGAUAUCUGUGAUGACGCAACACGCAACAGCCUCUUGCUCAAGGCCAGAGACAAAGGUGUCCUCCUGGGAGGGUGUGGGGACCGAUCGAUCCGUUUCCGUCCAGCUCUGGUUUUCAAGGAGUACCACGCUCACAUCUUCCUCAACGUCUUCAGCGACGUGUUGGCCCAGCACAAAUAAAUCCUGACCCUGAAGGAACCUGACUGACACUACAUGAGCCUGAGUUCAUACCAGAAGGGAAGGAGGGAAACUGCAGACAAGCCCAUGACAUGAUAAGCACAAUCCACUCGAUAGCUCACUCAGAGAUCCCACACAACCUCUGCUUCAAAAUCCAGGGCCAGGUUCAGAUUAUAACGGUAAAGACUGGCCCGGUCUUCAUCUCCUUAGCCAGAAAUGAUAAAACGGUGAUGUCCUCUUACCUGUGCUGCCAUAAAACCACUCAGAACAGGUUUACCAGAGGGUACUGUCGCGGUAGCUGAGAAUCUCACACAAUCUUCAUGUUUCUGUAAAACUCAUCUAUUGAAAUGACUUCAAAUACCAGAACCUUUCACAUCUGGAUCCUUGUACUCUGGAUGAAGUCCUGGCAGAUUUUGCUUGUGUUUACUGACAAUAUAGUUUUUCCCUACCAACGUCUUAAUGUAUAACAUUCUAAAGAGGCUAGUUUGGCUGUUUUAGCUAAGAAUGAUGUCCAUCUUCUACACUGGGACAUCACACAACACGCAUUUCCCAAAAUGUAGCAGUUUGAUGUUCAGACUAACUGUUGUCAUUUUGUUAUUUCCUUUAAACAAUCAGUGGUGGGUCGCGUCCGGGCCGACAUCGUUUUCAGUUGGAGAGCCGUUGAUGCUUCUCACAUCCGUUGAAGACGUGUUGAUUUAAAAGGCAUUUGUUUUGGAAGUCGACGACCUGUUAAGCUCUGUUCAUCUCAUCCACAGUUGUCUCCUUUUUUUGUGGCAAUUGUUCUGGUUCUGGCACAGAGAGAUGACGUCCCCUUUCUUAGUCUGGCCUACAAAGCUCUUGAACAGUUUGGAUGGGGUUUUUUUUUUUUUUUUUCCCAAUGUGGAAGGAGCUGUCAAUGUGCACAACACCAGACCUUGUUGAAUCAUUAAAUAAAUCUGAGAUGUCUGAGGUUCAGUGGUCUAGAACCAGGCUAAAAAAAAAAUGUGGGUCUGUUCCUUUUACAGUUAGCGCAGACUUAGAUAAAUGUAAAUAAGACUUCAAAAAUCCCAAAUCCCUAAUUUAACAGCUCAGAACAAAGUCUUACGUACAGCGUUAUUUAGUUCUUAUGUGCCGGCUUUAUCCCACCACCUGACUCACAGUCGCAGAGGUGAUCACAGGUCGACUGUGUGUUUGUUUAAAGAAGGCAGAUUUCAAACUGGCCCCACAGCUCUGUGUCAGUGAUGACUUUAUGUAGGAACACACCUUACAGCUAAAGAUACCAGCCUGCAUGUCAUUUAAUGCUGCCCAUUAGAAAUGUCCUUGUAAUGAUUCUGACUGUUGUGUUGCUCUUAAUAGGAAUGACUUUUCAGCUUGAAAUGUUGUAGCCCAGAAAAAUGUGAAUCUUAAACGGACCAUGAAAAUGUCAUAGAUUAUUUAGUGCCUGCAUGUUAGUUAAAUGUGCUUCUUUUCUUUUUUUCUUUUUUUUUUUUUUUCCUUUGCUGCUGGCUCAGAUGAGAGCAGCCAUCAAAAAUUUGCACAAUGCAACUUUUCAUGGUCAAGUCUCACUUGAUGAUGAUUUCCAACACCUCUCCACACAUCUACGACAGAACAGAUACAUAGUCUCAUAAUCAGUAGUGUUUUUUUAAUAACUAACAAGUUGCCGAUCAGGUUUGGUCCUCGACCCCUGGGACUGUCUCAUGCACUGCUCUUUACACUACACUUUGAAAACACUUACAGAAAAAGCACAGAUCUCACCUCUGUGUUGCUUGUCGAGGUGAGUUUUUUGCCGCCCCCCCACAUUCCACAUUCAAAAACUUUGAGAAGCGACAUAAAGGUGACCUUUAUGUUUCAUCCUAAGUGUUUUCAUACAGUAUUUUUCACUUCGAUAAGAGAAAAGAGGUGAAGACUAACUGGUUGGUUUGGCAAAUGCAUGUCUGGUUGACUCCAAAUCAGCAUGCAGCCCCAACACCCUGAGCUUUCCUGUGGGAACCUUCUAGGAAUGUCUCCCACACAGUGGGAGAGGCAGACCGAGACUCACCUAACUGUGGCUACGUUGCUGAGCUUGAACUUUUAAGCACAGGUCCGUCAAACAGGCGCAGUCUGUAAAAACAUUAGAUCACAGGUAAUACAGUCUUAAACAACCUUAAACAACAGCACAAAUUCUAUCAGUACCUGCUAUUUAAAUUUUGUAAAUCUGCUCAUGCUGAUGUUCUGCUGGUGGCGUAGAACUCGUCAGACGUUCAUCGGUGUCUGUGAAUGUUUCAUGGAGCUUUUAGGCAAGUGUUAGGAAUGUGCAGA